AUGGAAUCAGAUGUAACAACAACAACUGAUUGGAUUUAUCGUCGAUUUUUUCUUUCAAAUAUUCGUUCAGCUCCACGUUUAUUUUGUUGUAAUACAUCCGAUGGUUUUACUUUUGGACAAAUUAAUCUUGAUAAUGAUGAACUUGUAUGUGAAUCAGUUGAUACAAAUCAUUUUGGUUUUCAAAUUAAUCAUUUAUGUUGGCUUUCAAAUACAAUUUAUCGACCAUCUCGAAAACAGAUUAAAAUUGGUCUAACAACUUUACCAACAUUAAAUCGAAAUCAACAAACUUCCUUUAUAUAUAACAGUGAAAACGAUAUUUCUACACAAAAUUUACAAUGCCUUGAUGAAAUAUCAUCUCGUUUAACACCAACAUCUAUAGAUUCUAAUCAAUCAAAUGAUCGGAUUGCAAUUAGUUAUUUAAAUGGAACUGUAAAAAUUUAUAAUUCAUUACAAUGCCAUUUGUCUUAUCAAUCAAUAUUUCCUAAUCAUGGUGUUCUUCAUAAAAUCGAAUGGAAUCCUAUUGAAUCUCAUCUUUUACUUCUUGCUCAUCAAAAUCGAAUAAAUAUUUUUGAUUUUCAACGUCAAACUAUUGAAUUAACAUUGAGUAAUGCAGGAAAAGAACAUUUAGCUGAUUGUACAUGGAAAACAAAUGAUAUUAUUGUUGGUCGACAUCGACAACAAAUACUUAUUUGGGAUAAACGAGCAAGUCGUGAACCAAUUCGAAAUGAAACAUUAGAUAUAUUUGGACACUCAGAAAAAUUAAAAUGUAGUUUAGCAUCACCAAAUCAUCUCCUAUCAGUUUAUGAUUCACGUCUAGCAAAAAUAAAAAUUUAUGAUUUUCGUUAUUUAACAAUGAGACAAGUUGAAUCUUUCGAUAAAAUUUCAUCAUCAUUUCUUGAUUAUCAUUGGACAAUAGAUAAAAUGGCAAUUGUUGUUGCAACACAUCAAGGUUUACUACAUUGGAUUGAUAUUGAUAUACCAUUAAAUUCGAAAAUAUUAAAUAAAAAACAAUAA